UAUACGCACCCUCUUUUCACUCAAAACGCAGACUCUCUCUCUCUCUUUCUGAAAAACGAAACCAACAGAGAGUUUCAAAAUUCAAAAAUGAGAGCUCUCAUUGUACUGGUGGUGCUAAUGUGCGCCACUUGCCGAGUCGCCUUCUGCUUCGUCGACGGAUUAUUGCCAAAUGGAAACUUUGAGCUUGCCCCAAAGCCAUCUGACCUGAAUGGAACAGUAGUCCUCAAGCACACCGCCAUCCCAGAAUGGGAAACCUCCGGCUUCGUUGAGUACAUAAAAGCCGGCCAAAAGCAAGGUGACAUGCUGCUGGUGGUGCCGGAGGGAGCCGCAGCGGUCCGGCUUGGCAACGAGGCCUCUAUCAAGCAGAGGAUGCCGGUCACCAAGGGAAUGUACUAUUCCCUGACGUUCAGCGCUGCCAGGACUUGUGCCCAGGAGGAGACGCUGAACGUGUCGGUGGCACCGGAUUUUGGGGUCUUGCCAAUGCAAACAUUGUAUAGCAGCAAUGGGUGGGACUCGUACUCGUGGGCGUUUCAGGCAGAGGUGCCGGUGGCAGAGAUUGUUAUUCAUAACCCUGGGGUGUCGGAGGACCCAGCUUGUGGACCUCUUAUUGAUUCAGUUGCAAUCAGAGCUCUCUAUCCUCCCAGAUUAACCAAGUUGAACAUACUGAAAAAUGGGGGUUUUGAAGAAGGACCAUACAUAUUCCCCAACACAUCUUGGGGAGUCCUAAUCCCCCCAAACAUAGAGGAUGAUCACUCUCCCCUCCCCGGUUGGAUGGUCGAAUCCCUCAAAGCUGUCAAGUACCUCGAUUCUGACCACUUCUCUGUCCCCCAGGGAAAGCGUGCCAUUGAGCUCGUGGCAGGAAAAGAAAGUGCCAUUGCUCAAGUGGCCCGGACCAUCCCUGGCAAGACCUAUGAUCUCUUCUUUGCGGUGGGUGAUGCUAGCAACUCUUGUGAAGGGUCCAUGAUUGUUGAGGCUUUUGCCGGUAGAGACACCAUUAAGGUACCCUAUGAGUCCAAGGGCAAAGGAGGGUACAAGCGCGCAGUGCUUAGGUUCAUGGCCACUACAACACGGACACGUGUCAUGUUUUACAGUACAUUCUAUACGAUGAGAAGUGACGACUUCUCUUCCCUCUGUGGGCCUGUAGUUGAUGAUGUGAAGCUGUUGAGCCUUCGUAUCCCACGAAGAAUGUGAAAUUCAUAUUACUUAAAAUUUGGGUGUUUUGAAUCGUCAAUUAUACUAAGAAUUAUGAAUUUCUACAUAUUUUUGUUGUAAGGUGAAGCAUGAGUUUGUUGUAACUUUAUUUUAAAAAAAAAAACUUCACGUUAGCAUAUUUUAGUAAUGAAGAUACUUUUUAUUACUAAUGGCUUGAUGGUAUUUAUAUA